CGCAUGCGCACUAUGCCGUGGUAGCUUGCCGUGUGGAGUGGAGUCACGUGGAGACAGUCCACACCGUUCUGUCCAAACAGAACGUGAGCGAAUGAGUCGCUCGCUACUACUAGCAAGCACUCAGUCUGUCUGUUCGAGCGCCGCUGGGCUGUGAAACAGAUUCAUGUUGUUUUUUUAGCCACGCGUCCCUUUAAACUUGACCAUUUUGUCGAAGAAUGAGUGAUAACGAUGAUAUCGAAGUCGAUAGUGACGAAGACUCACCGAGAUAUCACAAUGUGGCAGACAAACGGGCACACCACAAUGCGCUGGAACGCAAGCGUAGGGACCACAUCAAAGACAGCUUUCACAGCCUCCGGGACUCUGUGCCUGCCUUGCAGGGAGAAAAGGUUGGUAACAGUACUGGUGCACACCAAAACAGUCAGUCUACCAAACAGGCGUCUCGAGCUCAAAUCCUAGACAAAGCCACAGAGUACAUCCAGUACAUGAGGCGAAAAAAUCACACGCACCAGCAGGACAUCGACGACCUGAAGAGACAAAACGCGCUGCUGGAGCAGCAAGUGCGCGCUCUGGAGAAGGUGAAGGGCUCGGCGCAGCUCCAGGCUAACUACUCGUCAUCCGACAGCAGCCUCUACACCAACCCAAAAGGCAGCGCCGUGUCAGCGUUUGACGGCGGCUCCGACUCCAGCUCCGAGUCCGAACCAGAGGAGCCUCCCAACCGCAAGAAGCUGCGCGUGGACGCAAGCUAGGAAGCGCACAGCUUUGCGAGAGCGAGAGAGAGAGAGCCUUUUCAACGCUCUCGAGGCUCUUUGACCUUUCCACCUUACCCCCCAUCCCCCCUUUCUGGGUGGGCUCGCACUGGAGACUCAUGACCCCUCAAAACUCCUCACAACUGCCUCCUCGAGUAAGGAGAGCGCAGGGUUAAAAUUUUCUUCUCGCAACAAUCCAAAACCCCAAAAAGAGGCAGCUCAGCUACUCAAGAAUUUUUUUUUUUUUUAUUUUUUAUUUUUUUUUUAUGAUUGUGUGUGUGAAUGCUUGUUUGUUUCUACGUGCCCUGCUAUUGGCUGGCAACCAGUUCAGGGUGUACCCCGCCUCCUGCCUGAAGAUAGCUGGGAUAGGCUCCGGCACUCCCGUUGACCCUCGUGAGGAUCAGAAAAUGGAUGGAUGUUCUGCCACCAUGCGUUUGCAGAAGGUGCACACCAGACAAAGUCCUAAGCACUGCUAUAUAACAUAUAGAGUGGACCCCCGCUAUUGGUCGGGGAUAGGGACCGAGUCUGCCUGCGAAUAGUGAAUUUCGAGUGACAGCCAAUCACAAAUCUAAUGGCUGCCGUUCUAUUUGUGGUUGAGAAGUCAGUUGAGGGAAGGUUCCGUCUACACACACACACACACACACACACACCAGCAUUUUGCCUUCGUCUGUGAAAGCGUGGUUUAGUUUACAAAUCGGAUUUUUUUUUUUUGUACAGCUGACUAGAACUGUUCAUUGUCAAAAAGAUGCUCCAAUCCAGCAACUAUAACGUAGACCAGGGGUGCUCAAUGCGUGGAUUGCGGGGCAGUUUUGGUUGAUUUGGAAAAAAAUGAGACUUCACCCUCUUAUCCACCCUGACUGUCAUAUUGACCAAUCCUGGCCACUUCUGACACGUAUCACUGCGCAUCUGCACAUAGGGGCGCAUUAGGUCCAGUCGCCCGUUUUUUUUAAACGGCUGUCGCGGUGACGAUACACUAGUGCGCCACCCCCGCCUCCCUCUUAGGUAUAUCGCAGGAGGUUGGCAGCUUAAAAAGUAGAUCAUAGGGGCAAAAAACUUUGGGCACCCUUAAUGUAGACAAUAUUUGGUCAUGAAAAUAUAUAUAUUUUUUGUGAGUAAUGGAGGAUGGGAAAAGGAAGAAAAUGAAAUCCUAAUAGCUGAAUUUGGAAAUGCAUGUGACAAUGCGAGGGUCCACUGUAUUGUUAAUUUUUUUUUUUUUUUUAAAUUUAACACACCAAGAAGAAUUAUGGACAAUUUUCUCUUUUGGAACCACCACAAAUUGUACAUUUGUCGCUUUUUCCAUUAAAGAAUACGAAAACCCUUCAAGGAGAAACAUUUAGCGACACCCACCUCAGGCCCGCCGGAUCGCAGAUGUUUUGUGCUGCGACACAUUUGUUGACAUUUAAGAAAAAAAAAAGUUCCUGUGUUGAAAUGGAGAAGUUGAACGAAUUUGAAUCGCAUUCCUAAACUUGUAUCGUAUUUUGUCCUUUAGCUUGAAGUAGUGAUUGAGUUUAGGUGGCUGAACACAUUAGGCAGCUUGUUUGAGACAAAAAAGAUUAGUAAUGACUGGAUGUUUUCCAGCUCAAAUGUAUGUUAUGCAUUUUUGUAGUCAUCUCACAGGUCACGGAAAAACAUCGCUCAAACCGGAAUGUUCCAAAGUAGCUUCUGUCCUUUGCAGUACAAGAAAGCCAGUGAAGCCCCGCCACCGUUGACGUAUUGUGCUUGACAAAGUCCCAAAAUCCGUGUUUCUGUAACUUCCCCAAGGAAACAAAACAAGUGUUCAGGAAGAGUGUGUCUGUUCAUCGUUUCCAUUUUUUUUUUUUUUGUCCCAUUCCAUUCCAUGGAAAUUACAAGUAUGUUGUACAUACUGCCAACAAUUGUCUUGCAAGAUGAGGCCUACCUUUAAUAUGAGACUAUAAAAUAAACUAUUUUAUCCUUUAA